GCGGUAUUUUUUAAAAUAACAAGCAAGUUCGUACUCCAAGGCAAGUAUUAAAAAAAGACUUGACGCUGAAGCAAUCGACAAAUUAUGGCUGAUGACUGUUUUCAUGUUACCUCUAGAGACUCCGCAACUCACGAGACUGCUGCCUCACGCCCAGUUUUAGAAAUGUCUCGCAGUAAAAUUCCGAACGUCUGGGAUAACAUAGACUACGCUAUUAAUAUCAUGGGAAAACCUUCAACCUUGAACCGCAUUACAGACAAGGCCCUAAUCCGUAAAAACAGAGUGGAAGCUGGAUGUGCCGCGUAUGGAUCGAGACCAGCAGGCUAUAAUAUUGACGAGUACCCGUUUGCGUGCUGUGCCCAGGGUGGAAAAGGUGCUGUUUUGAGGCCGGUUCCGAUAAAAGAAAACAACAGGCAAGGGGGCAAACUGGCACAAUUUUUCAAGAAAUAUGAUAUCAAAGAUGGCGAUUCUUUCAAGAUCAAACUUAUUAGAGCCAGGUCUUCAUAUCGUGUGGUCUAAAGCUACUGAUGUUGUAGACGUUUCUUUUGUGCUGUCACAAAAUAAAUAUUGUCAGAAACGUAAUACGACAUUUCUUUAACAAACGUCUUAUUUGCGUGCGCGAGACAGAGACAAACGUUUGUUCCUGGGUGGAUCCAGCACUAGUGCACUAAUUUGCAUGACACAAGAAAACUGCUAAAAAUAUAAACCACUUUGUUUUGUAAUGCAAAUUUGUGCCUUAGUGCUGGAUCCAGCCCUGGUUUGUUCUCUUUUUUCCGCUGAUGUUUUGGGUAUUUUUGUUGCCUAUUUUUACUGUUGACAGUCGUGUGGUGAGUCAAUGGUUGACCAUACAUUUGUCAAGUCAUCCAGACCUUAUUAUAGGACUUCCAUUUACCAAACCCUGGGUUUUAGCGAGACAACAAAUAAUGUCAAUAUCUCCACUUUCUUGAUUUCCGGCUCUGGGGCGGAAAUAAAUAAAGGAAAUAA